AUGGCACCAAAGGCGGCAGAAAAGAAACCGGCGGAGAAGAAGCCAGUUGCUGAAAAAGCUCCGGCAGAGAAGAAACCAAAAGCGGGGAAGAAGCUACCAAAGGAUGCGUCAACGACCGAUAAGAAAAAGAAGAAGAACAAAAAGUCUGUGGAGACAUACAAGAUCUAUAUAUUCAAGGUUCUGAAGCAGGUUCAUCCUGAUAUCGGAGUUUCAGGGAAGGCCAUGGGUAUCAUGAACUCAUUCAUCAACGAUAUAUUUGAGAAGCUGGCCCAGGAAUCUUCGAAACUCGCAAGGUAUAACAAGAAGCCUACCAUCACUUCUAGGGAAAUUCAGACCGCCGUGAGACUUGUACUUCCCGGUGAAUUGGCAAAACAUGCCGUGUCUGAAGGGUUUGUUGAAGGUUAG